GCCAGAGUUAUUCCUUCCUCUUCCUCUCGGCUUCGUGUGCUUCGCUUUCUUGGGGAAGACGGGACGCGAGUGCGUAAAUAGUGGCAUGGAGCGAGCGAAAGGUAGCGAUGUCGAAAUCGAAGGUGGGGAUGGCGCCGGAGGACGAAGCGGAGGCGACGGUGAAGUCGUCACGGUGGGACUCGAUCCAGAGGUGCGGGAUCCCCAGAAAAAUCAAGAUCGACGAGGAGAAGCUGAGGCGGGACAUCUUGAUCCCUGAGUACCUCUGCAAGGCGAUGGAAGACGCCAUCGAUAAAAGGGACGCCACCGUCGUGGGCCCCUCCUCAGGCGCAGAGCCCAGUGGCGGUUCGGAGGUGCCGAAGGCGCCGCUGGUGGUGUUCGUGGACUUCUGCAGUUGCGAACACCGCGGCCAGCAGAUGAUGCGCCAGCUUCAACAAUUCAUAAGCAAGGGACAGGUCUUUGAUCUUUUAGCUACAAAGCCUUCUCACUUUGUUCAGCAUGGUUUGACUUGCUUAGAAAACUUGGCUAGCCAAGGUGACAAGUGUGCAGAGGCCAUUCGUCAAAACUUAAAAAUCAUGGUUGCAGGAGGUGAUGGUACCGUAAGUUUGGUAUUGAAAAGCUUGGUAGAACUUUCUGUACAUAAUAAAAAGCCAAUUCCUCCAACUGGCAUUUUUCCACUUGGAACAGGAAAUGAUCUUUCAAGGAGUUUUGGUUGGGGUGGUUCAAUUCCUUUUGCAUGGAGGUCAGCAUUCAAACAGUUUCUUCAUAAGGCGGUUUCAAAUGGUGUUAAACACCUUGAUAGUUGGCGUGUUAUACUCAUGAUGCAUGAAACAAAAGAAAGAAAUCGGUCAUCUUUGCUUAACACUUUGCAAAAUUAUGAUCUAACUCAGUCAACCUUGUUGCAGGAUGAGGAAAUACAAGUUGAAUUGCCUGAAACUAAAUCUUUCUCUGAAGGAGUCUUCUACAACUACUUUAGUAUUGGAAUGGAUGCUCAAAUUGCAUAUGGCUUCCACCAUCUACGGCAGGAUAAACCAUACAUUGCCCAGGGUCCUACUUUAAAUAAAUUAAUUUACACUGGGUAUAGCUGCAAACAGGGAUGGUUCUGUACACCAUGUCUGAAAACCCCAGGAUUAAGGGGACUUGACAGCAUUCUAUCUCUUUAUAUUAAAAGGGCCAACAAGAAAACGUGGAAGGAAAUCAUAGUUCCUCCAAGUGUUAGGGCCAUUGUUCUUCUGAAUCUUGACAAUUAUGCAGGAGGAGGACAUCCAUGGGGAUACCCUACACCUGAGUACCUUGAGAAGAAAAGUUUUUAUGAAGCUCAUCCGGAUGAUGGGUUGCUUGAGAUAUUUGGGUUAAAGCACGCAUGGCAUGCUUCCUGUGUCAUGGCUGAACUUAGUCCAGCCGUGCAUAUUGCUCAGGCUGCUGCAGUAAAGUUGAGACUCAAAGGUGGUGACUCGAAGGAAGCUUAUAUGCAAAUGGAUGGAGAGCCAUGGAAACAACCAAUAAAGAAAGAGUACCCAAACCUUGUGAUAAUAGAGAGCACUCCUUUUCAGUCACGCAUAAUAAGUGGAAAAUGAUGCCGAUGAGCAUAUCCUGUGAAACCCAGAAGUUCCGAUGGUGUGCCUUCCAUAAUUUUCUUUCCAAUGCUCGUUAUCAAUAUUUUCUCAAAAAAAAAAGAAAAGAAAAAAAAGGAUCUGAUUGCUUAAAUUAAUUCAUGUUAAUAAUGCAAAUGAUGAUGAUGUGUACGAACUCUCGAUUUCAGCCUUCAAAUGAUUUCUUUUCACUU